CAAGCUCGUGAAAAGCCUUUGUGUGUGUUCAUCAGUCAUUCUGACUCACAGAGACGGCACAGUGUAGAGAAAGAGAUAGGCUCAUACAGGUUUCAGGCAGACAAAUACUUAAUAUGGCCAGGUUGGAUGUAACUGAGGUUUUUCAUGGUAUUUGUUUUCCUGGACACCUACACACCCAGGAUUCCUUGCAACUUGCUCUUAAAUUUCCAUUUCAGGACACGGAUAUCCUCAUCGUCUCCUAUCCAAAGUCAGGCACCACAUGGAUGCAGGAAAUUGUGAGUCUCAUAUCCAACAAAGGAGACCCGCACUUGUCGAUGAAAGUCCCAAACUGGACUCGGUCUCCAUGGCUUGAGCAAUAUUAUUUUGCUGCCAUACUGGAGGCUUCCCCCAGCACACCUCGAGUCAUCACCACACACUUGCCUUAUCACCUGCUGGGCCCUGGCCUCCACAGCUCCAAAGCCAAGGUUAUUUACGUGAGCAGAAACCCUAAAGAUGUUGCUGUGUCUUUUUACCACUUCCACAAAAUAGCCAACUUCCUCCCUGAGGCUGGCUCAUUUCCACAGUUUUUAAAAUCAUUUCUGGAGGGCACACUGUCCUAUGGAUCCUGGUUUGACCAUGUGAAAGGCUGGACCAAUCAGCCAGCCACUAUGAACAAUCUGCUUCACAUCACUUAUGAAGAGAUGUCACUGGAUCUUCAUGGAGCCAUAAAGAGGUUGAGCUCUUUCUUACAGUGUCCCCUGGUGGAGGACGAGGUCAACAACUGUGUGAAACACUGCACCUUCAACAGCAUGAAACACAACAACAUGGUCAACUACACGCAGAUCUCACCAGAUAUAAUAGACCAUAACAAGGGCUCGUUCAUGAGAAAAGGCAAGAUAGGAGAUUGGAAAAACAUGUUCUCAGAUGAGCAAAAUCAAUAUUUCAACAGUGUCUUCAAGUCCGAGAUGCAGGACUGCACCUUACAGUUUAUAUGGGACGAGUGAGAUGAAGAGGACACACACGCUAAUGAUGAAACAUCUGUAAACUCUGAGACAGCUCAAUGAAAGCAUGGUGUGUCCUGUGUGAUAAAACACAAGUGGAUGAUGUUAUCAAAUUGGCAGUUUAAAUUAUAGUAUCUGUACAUAUCAUAUUAACAUGCAGUAAUAUGUAAUUCAACGUGAACAAUUUCACAGUUCAAUGCUGUUUCAGCAGUUUUCUUCAAUCCUUGUAAUUUACAUUGCUUUCUUGCUUUUAGAGAUAAUUGAAUUGUGAUCACGAUGUAAUCAAUUGUUUGUAAUAAUGCGUGUUUUCAUAAACUGAAUCCUCUUUGGUUAACCAUGACUGCUGAUCACAGACAUGAAAAACGAACUCACCACAAGAGCUUCCAACCAUGUUUGUGUGGUAAAAAAAACAAAACUAUUGCAUCCUGCUUCACAAAUACGAUAUUGUAAGAUAUUGAGGAACACAUACUAACAGAACUAUACUGUAUAUCCUCUGUAUUUUAAUUUGUCUUCCAUGGUCUGCAUGUUUUGCUGAUAUUUUCCAUAAAGCAACUCCAGUCUGAGUGUAUUUAUUUGCCCCCCAUACAACAAAAGAUGUAUGGUUACCCUUCUGUGAGUAAUCCAUGUUUGUGUGCAUGGAUCCAGGAGACGGCCUGUGUAGGUGUUUGUGUUAUGACCGGUGUGUUUGUAUUUGAAUAGGGAUGUCAUUCGGCCUAGUUUGAAAAAAAAGGACAUUCAAAUUCAGGCUCACACAGCCUUGAAGAUGAUCGUCUCUUCUCUUCAUCACAUAGUUUGAAAGUCUGUUUCAGAGUCAUUGUUCCUAUGCUGUUGUUAGAGGUGGAUGUCUAUGGAGUGGAUUCAGCUGUUCAAACAGGCUUAAUGCAGGACUAGUUGAAUGAAAGUCGGGGGAUUGAAACUGGGCCUCACAAAUGUCUAUUGAAAAAAAAUCUCCUCUCUGUUACCUUUAAUUUUCAACUAAUUAAACUAAUAAAAAAUGAGAUCCAAGAUGA